UGCUGCUUCGCUCUAGCCAAAUUCCACGUUGUGAUCGCCGUUGCCCAAUAAUUCCCGACCUCCCGGCGCUCUUAUCCUGCCGCCGUUUUCGCACCGUUCCCCGCAUGACAUCGGUAGAUGUUAAGCAUCACACUCGGUAGCCUGGUGAAACGUAUUGUGGCGAUUCCUCGCGCCUUCAACAUGAGUGAUCUGGAGCGGAUUCUGUCCAACAACAAGGCAGCCGAAGAGCUGCUCGAGUCGCUGAAAUUGGAGCUAAAGGCGAUCAACGAGGAACAGGCACAACGGAAGAUUGCUGAGCUGAAGGUGGAGAAUGAUGCACUUCGAAUCCAGGUUGAAGCCUACAAGAAGAAACUGAUCGCCCUGGAGGUAGCACAAGGCAAGGUACAAAUCCCAGUGCCUACUCCAGAAGAAGUGCGUGCAGGGGCCGGGCCUGCCUCGAUCGUUGUGAAGGCAGAAACAGCUGCUCCAUCACCACCAGCAGCAGCUCCAGCGAAGGUGAAACAGGAACCAAGCGACGCAGCGGCCACAAAACCCGCCCAAGGACCGAAACAACCCAACGAAAACAAACAGCCCAAGGAGAAGAAACCGAAAAAAGAGAAACCGGCCGGGGAAGGGAAACAACCUGCAACAGCAGCAUCGGCGGCCGCCGAAGAGCCACCGAUCGAUGUGGGCCGAUUGGAUAUGCGCGUUGGGCGGAUCGUGGAAGUAUCCCGGCAUCCCGAUGCCGACAGUCUGUACGUGGAGAAGAUCGAUUGCGGCGAGGCGAACCCACGGACCGUCAUUUCCGGGCUGGUUAAGUUCGUGCCAAUCGAGGAGAUGCAGAAUCGCAUGGUGGUGGCCCUCUGUAACCUGAAGCCGGCCAAAAUGCGUGGCAUUCUUUCGGAAGCGAUGGUCAUGUGUGCAUCGACACCGGAUAAGGUGGAGAUACUGGCACCACCGGAGGGCGCGGUACCGGGCGAUCUGGUACACGUCGAGGGUUUCCCGCGCGUUCCCGAUGCGGUCAUGAAUCCGAAGAAGAAAAUCUUCGAAACCGUUGCGCCCGAUCUGAAAACGAACGGUCAGUUGGUAGCGUGUUACAAGGAAGGUAGCUUCGUCGUGCCCGGCAAGGGCCCGGUGAAGGCCCAAACGCUGGCGAACGUACAGGUGAAGUGAGAAUCGAUGGCCAGAAUUGUUUGAGAUUGCGUUUUUAGGUUCGAACUUACCUAAAGUUUGAAUAAAUGAAAUGGAAGUUGAGUUCCACAUUGCUGUUA